AUGGCGGGGUCACUCACUAAAAUUCAGAGAUAUCUGAGGCAAGCACAUGUAUGGAGGUUUGUUGGUCUGGCUUCAACUACAGUUGGAUUAUCAUGUUAUGCUCUCAGCUCCUCCUUUAACCAUCUCUUUGGAAGGUGGAACUUUCUCAAAAUCUUUAUCUAUAUUGUUUCCAGUAUCACCAUUUGUUUCAUGAUUUUAUUUGCAAAGUCAUGGCAAUGCUCCACCGCAUUGCGAUUCAAAGCUCACCUGUCUUUUCUGGUUUUGACAAUAACCGCCAUCUACUCCUUUUUCUUUGAUAAAGAUGUCAACGGAAAACCGGAUGUUUACGGCCUAAUUUCUUGUGCUGCGUUUGCUGUGAUGUCACUGAGCUUGUCGAGGCAGAGCCACUUGGGAUUUGAAGUGGAUUUGUUAUAUUUCUUCUUGGGAGCUUUGAUUGUACAAUUCAUGAAGAUACAUUUGUUUUUAGGUAUCUUUGGAGUGGGACUCAGCUACUCCCUCAUCAUUCUCCGUUCUUCUUUAGAUUUGGAAAAUGAGCAUCAGAGGUUGGAUGAUCAGUAUCACUCAGUUGUGCAAGUUGACUCAGAUUCACAACAACAACAAAAAGAAGCUGCACAAGUGGAUUCAGAUUCACAAGAAGUCAACACUGAUAUUGUCAUUAUGAAGACACAAUUCACCGCUUGUAUAAAUGCUCUUAAGUUAUGUGAUAGGGAGCUUAUUAAUAUGCUUUCCAAUUAUGCAAAAGAUAACGUCAAGACCUUCAUUGAAUCCAACCUUGAGGACCAUGUCCCGGUUGACAGCAACAUGGUGAUUGAUGCGCUGCCGUCAAACAUUAUCGAUGACCUUCGAGAAGGAGUGAAGUUCAUGGUGGCAAAUGGACUUCAGAAGGAGUGUUGCGAUUCGUAUAGCAGCUGCCGCAGGGAAUACUUAGAAAAGUUCAUUUCCAGUUCAAACUUGAAACUCCCAAAUAUUGUGAAUGUGGUUGAGGUGGAAUCAACUGCUCUUGAAUUUCAAGUUAGGAAUUGGAUUACCACUUCAAAUUUAGCAAUGAGAUUGCUGUUUCCCAACGAAAGAAGACUGUGCGAGCGUAUCUUCAUGGGGCUCAGCACGGCUACAGAUAUCGUAUUCACCGAAAUUUGCAGGGAAUUCACGAUACAUCAAUUCAAAUUUUCAGGUUGCUUUACAUUUGAAGUUUUUCCCAUGAGCGUAAGAGUUUUCAAGGCACUGAAUGACUUGAUUCCAGAGUAUGAAUCAUUGUUUUCCCAGAAAUCUUGUGAUUCAAUUAGAAAUGAAGCUAUCAGUAAUUGGAAGAGACUGGGGAAAGCAACCAAAGGGAUAUUCAUAGAGUUGGAGGAUUGGAUUUGCAAUGAUGAAGCCAUAUCAGAUGUUCCUGACGAGCUUUAUCCGAUCUGCAGAAAAGUGAUAGAGUGCCUUAAUGUUGUUUUCAAAGCUUGGGUCAUCCUUCCCCUUGAGAAUUUUUUCGAAGAACACCCCAUGGUUGUUCAUAGAGAGGGAAGCCCGUCUUCAUUCUUUAUCCAGUUGAUUAGGAUAAUAGAGCUUCUAGAGAAGCAUCUGGAAGUCAGGUUCAAAAGCUGUCCGGACCGUGCUCUGCGCUGCAUUACAGCGAUGAAUAAUGUAAGGCACAUUGAACAGAAUGCAAAGAAAUGGAACUGGGAUACAAGACCCAUGUAUAAUAGUGGCAUAAUUAGAAAACUGAGUGCAAAAGUCAGACAAAACCUUGAAGACUACCUAAGAAUCUCGUGGGAUGAUGUUGUUGGGCUUUUGAAGCUGGGAGAUAACGAAGCAUACUCAGCGGAGUCUAUGAAAGAGAAUCUCAAAUUGUUCAACUUGCACUUUAAGGAAAUAUGCAGGGUUCAGUCUACAUGGUUUGUCCUAGAUGAGCAGCUAAGAAAAGAAAUAAGAGAGUCCAUAGAUAAUAUCUUGUUGCCAAUAUAUGGAGUCUUUAUUGGAAAGUUGUAUGAUGUUCUUGGUUCGCAUGCCAAUGAGUAUAUUGAGUACUCAAUGCUUGACAUUGAUGCUCUGCUCAACGAUUUGUUUCGUGCAUAA